AUGGAUGAAGUACUAUUCUACAUCUCACAAGGAGACCAAACUGACUCUAAAAAGUCGGCAGCUGAAUCAUUUGCAUACACAUCCUCAAUUCAUUCUUCUAAGCAGUAUCAAUCAUACAGACACGCAUCAUCACCACUUCGUGGCACAUGUAUCACAGGCAUAGGUCCUGGAGAACGUAUAUUCACUUGUGAUUCCAAAAAGGCAUUGAUUAAUGUAUAUUCCCACGGUAAAGAAGGUAUAGACCAACGAAUACCUGUUCCUGAAGCAUUAACCACUUUACACGUCAUUCAUCAUCCUCAAUUAGACACCAAAGCAAGUGAUGAUGAAGUUCUCCACGAAAAGCCAAAUUUUAGAAUACCGUGGUUACUUUGCGGUGGAUCGAAAUCAGGUAAAUUGUACAUUUGGGAAAUAUCAUCGGGCGAUUUACUUUGUGUGAAGGAGGCUCACUACCAAGGAAUAUCAGUUAUUGAAUCAAGUAGUUGCAAAACAUUUCUUAUUACUGGUGGUGAAGAUGCAAGAUGUCUUGUUUGGAAUUUAGCUGACUUGAUAUCCAUAUAUGGUAACAAUAACAAUGGAGGUGAUGAAAAUGGACAAGAUCAUUUGAGAUCAGUUAAACCAUAUUGGGCCAUUGCGGAAAACACAUUACCUAUAACUGAUGUUAACUUGAACCCUACUGGUGUGAUUAAUGAUUUGAAAUUGUAUACAAGCUCUAAAGAUGGUACAGUGAGAAUAUUUGAUAUAAUGACAAAGACCCAAUUAACUACAUUUAUCUUACCUCAUUCGGUUGAGUGUUUGACUCGUGAUCCAGCAAAUAGAGCACUUUAUGUGGGAUUAUCGAAUGGACAAAUCAAAAUGAUUCCGUUAUAUAAAUUCAACCCACAUACUUCUGUUCUUGAAGGUGUUGGAGGAAUGAAUAAAAUUAUAACUAUCGAUCCACACGAUCCAAAUUUAACAACUACAUUUGUUCAACAUCAAGAUUCAUCGUCAUCGGUACUACAAAUCUGUAUUUCCAUGGAUGGAACAAGUUUGAUCUCAGGUGAUUCAAAGGGACAAGUCUAUGUAUCAGACAUCGUCACUAAGCAAACAAUUAAGAGUUUUGCCAGUUUGAAUUUCCCUGUUGCUUAUAUUCAUUUACAAACUAUACUGACUAAAUCAUUAGAUGCGACGGCAAAUAAUGUCAGAUCAGACAAGAAACAUCGUAUGGUACCCACUUUGAAACGUGUUUUAGCCAGUAGCGAUCCAGUGGAACAUACUUUGUUUAUGGAUAUUCCUGAGCCAAUCACCAUCGAUGAAGAUGAUGAAGAUGAUGAAAGCAAUGGGGGCUUUGGUUCCUGGUUGGAAGCAAAACGAAUUGAGGAAUUGCAAUUUAAGAAUUUAUCUGACAUCGAUUCAACCGUAAAAACCAUUGGCAAAAAUAACAACAACGACGCAGCUAACUCAUCACCUAAUAAUACAAAUUUGGAAUUGAAAUUAAAGAAAGUAUCUGAAGCAUAUACCGAUUUGAGAACCAAAUAUGAAGAACUUCUCAAAGAACACGCCAAGCUUCUUGACGAUAAAUAA